AGGUGUGCAGUACAAUGAUGACGGCGUUCUGGGAUCUGCUUCGAGAGCAGUUGAAGCAAGAUCCUCCCGUGUUUGACCAGGUGCUCACCCUGUUGCAUGAUGUCAAGGAGUACCUCCUGUCAGCAUUACCGAGCCGUAGGGUAACGACGAUGCACAUGCAAAUCGACAUCGAUCUGAUCAAGCAGCAGAUGCAGCAGGACAUUCUCAACAUCAAGUCGCUGGCACAGAUUGUUCUUGACGUGAUGCAGCGCAUCUGUGCGCCUUCUCGAGAUGCCGAUGUGCAGCAGUUGGUUGCAAUGCUCGGUGAUGAUGACCUGGACAUUGCUGCUAUCUUCAAGGGUAUUCUUGAUUUGCUGUCACUGAUGCGUCUGGACCUGGCCAAUCACGAGCUCAAGAGCAUUCACCCAGUGCUUCUUCAGCAUUCCGCUCGCUACGAGCGUGAAAGGUUUGAGCAGCUCUUUCCGGACGCUCCAGACUCUGGCCUUGAGCACACUGCGGCGUGGCUUACAAAGGCACAGCAGAGCUGUGCAGUAGCUGCACCUGGGCCAUGCCCGCCUUUGGGUGUGCUGCGCCAGGCGUUUACCGAUCUUAUCACCGAGUCAGUGGAACAUGGUCCCGAAACCUGGUGGCUGGAUACGAAGCAACUUGAGAUGUUGUCAUUACAGCUGAAGUGUGCAGUCUUCUUGCAAACUCCAUCUGUCCUAUUUGGCGGUCUUCUUGGUCGGGAAAUUGCCAACAGCGCCGAGUUUAUGGCACAGCUACGCGACACUCUUUUCAUUCUGUUGGAUGAUGGCAACAUGGGAGAUCCUGAUGAAGCCCGUGGACAUGUUUUCGACUUGAAAUUGUUGUCAUCACAGCUGAAGUGUGCAGUCUUCGUGCAAACUCUAUCUGUCCUAAUUGGCGGUCUUCUUGGUCGGGAAAUUGCCAACAGCGCCGAGUUUAUGGCACAGCUACGCGACACUCUUUUCAUUCUGUUGGAUGAUGGCAACAUGGGAGAUCCUGAUGAAGCCCGUGGACAUGUUGUCUUCUUGGUCGGGAAAUUGCCAACAGCGCCGAGUUUAUGGCACAGCUACGCGACACUCUUUUCAUUCUGUUGGAUGAUGGCAACAUGGGAGAUCCUGAUGAAGCCCGUGGACAUGUUUCGACUUGAAAUGUUGUCAUCACAGCUGAAGUGUGCAGUAUUCGUGCAAACUCUAUCUGUCCUAAUUGGCGGUCUUCUUGGUCGGGAAAUUGCCAACAGCGCCGAGUUUAUGGCACAGCUACGCGACACUCUUUUCAUUCUGUUGGAUGAUGGCAACAUGGGAGAUCCUGAUGAAGCCCGUGUACAUGUUUCUGUUCAAGUUAUCAGUUCAGUCGACAAGUACAGAGAAGCGCACGGCCUUUCACCUCUGGACAAUGAACUCAGACAGAAGCUUGAGCUGGCAGUUACUCAGUCCCACUCUUUGGAGAACCCGCUGCAUAAUGUUCUAUCACGUCGUCUCAAGGCCUGCAUUAACCAGGCUAUCACCAGCCAAGUGAAGCACCCUGCAGAGCUGGACGUACCAGGAGGCUUUCAGCUAGUGGAGCAGCGCCUUCGGUCGGUUAUAACCUCGUUCUCACGCUUAGCAGUCUACAAUCAGAAGGUGUUUGGCCCAAUUUACAGUACUCUGCUGCAGCGGCGGUAA